AAUAUUCAACUCUCCCAAGCAUCGGCUGCUUCCGACAUCGUCCUUACAACCCCAAUUGCCACUAGCUAUAUUCCUGGAAACGCGUCGCGUAGUAUAAAAUUUCAAAUUGUUUCUAUGUCUAGAAUAAAAUCAUUCUUUUAAAAUUUGGUGUGACUAAGGAUAGCAAAGUGUAAAUAAACAGUGGCAAGGGAAAGUCCGAUCUUGACAUGUUUCUAAUAACACUAGCACCCUCUCGAACCUCGUCAGCUGAUAGUCGUGAGUGGUAGGUGCUGUCUCCUUGCACCUGAAGAUUACAAUGGUACGGAAAAGGCGGUUUCAACAGGCUAUUUAAGAUAAAAAGUCAUGGGGUCGAGCAGCGGGGGAAAGAAGAAGUACAUCAACUUUCGCAACCGACAAAGGGCUAACAUGAGUUUUUUCAUUGUGGUGAUGUUUUUUGCUGUGUUCGGCAUUAUCAUCUUCACAGAAAUUUUCUUGAUAGACGAGAGGGGUAGAGGUGCUGGAGUUCUUGUAAGGCAUGGAUCCCUCACUUAUCAUCAUCGUCCACCGGCGCGAGACUACGAAGACGCCUUUCAGUUACUUGAAUCUGACACUGGAAUUAAACAACAAAGAAGGCGCCGUUUUUUAAAACUGAAACUAGAUACUUGGAGAAAGGUUUUCUUUAGAAAUAUUGUUAAUUUGUCACUUGUGAGGAACAGUAAGAGCGAUGAUUACAUAUCAAUUCAUAUGGGGCCCAUGCCCAACAUGGAUGACUCCGUUGGAGCACUUCUCCUAGGUCGUCCGGCGGUAAUUCCAGUAGUUGACGAGGAACCUGGACCUCAGUCUUCCAAAGUGCUCACUGAAACCAAGCUGCCACCGUAUCCAGCCCACAUAACCCCAACGAAUGGUUCCUGGCAAAACGUUAACGGCGCUAGAUACAAAUUUUUCGUGUUUUCGGCCUUUUUUGACAAUCGGAGAGGACAAAGGUCUGUGAGGAUAAUUGGCGCAACGAAAACUAGAGGACCAGAAAGAGUGUGGUGUCGACUGUGGUAUAAAACAAACGCAAAUAAUGCAACUUCGUUUAUCUCACGGAGCGUUCAAGCAAAAAUUAAGGUAAUACGAGAAAACUGGAAUUUGAAAUACAGCGCAUGCUUUCUGUUAUGUCCUUUGUUGGCCAACCAAACAGUUCCUGUCACUGUCUCAGUGGUCACAAAAGUCAAAUCUGCCCCUACUAAUUUAUUGACCGUCAUCAACAAUUACAACGAUUCAGUAAAACCCUCGAAUAAAUUCGCCGUAUGCAUCAAACCACUCCACUUCGAUUACAAUAGGGCGCUCCAAAUUUUGGAAUUUAUCGAACUGAAUCGCAUAAUGGGCGUUGAACAUUUCACUUUUUACAACCACACAAUCGGCUGUCAAGUCGGAUGUAUUCUGCAAGAUUACGUUGAUCGCGGCUUAGUUACUCUGUUGCCCUGGCAACUCAACAUGCUGUCGCAAAAGGAAAUUCGUACCGAAGGACUUUUUGCAGCCCUCAAUGAUUGCCUAUAUCGCUCGAUGAAUCUCUAUUCACACGUCCUUCUCAUAGAUCUAGAUGAGUACAUCAUACCGAGGAACAAUGAAACAUUACCCCAACUUAUCGAUUAUCUGAACAACAGAUUCAACAGUCGCACUACAGGUGCCUAUUCUUUUCAAAACGCUUUCUUCUACCUCCAAUGGGGCGACGACGACUCAGUGUACGACUCUAACGAUUCAGUGGCUGCUGGUUUAGUUACUUUGAAAAAAACAAGACGGCGCAGUAAACUACAUCCACAUAAACAACGUUCAAAAUACAUCUGUCGACCAGAAUUGGUUGUUGAAGCUGGAAAUCAUUUUGUUUGGGAGUUCAUCCCAGGACAUGGAACGAUGAAUGUUCCACCAGAUGCAGCAAUAUUACACCACUACAGAAUAUGCGAAUUCGGUGGAGACGAUUGUAUAAAGACAGCAUCAACUGUGGAUUCUACUGCUUUUAAAUAUAAAAAUAAACUAGUGGGCGAAGUGAAGGAAAAAUAUAAUGAGUUUAAAAUCAAAUGCAAUUUAAUGGAAUUGCCACCACCACCUAAGAGGGUUUUUAGUAAAAUUAUAAAUAUGUUAAAAAGCGGACAAAAGACAAUGAGGUAAUUUUUAAGUGUAUCUAAUAGAAUAUUUUUUUAAUAACAGUUUUUGAAAAUAUUAUUUUGUAUAUAAAAAUAAAAAUUACUCUAAUUUGUAAAUAGGACAAACUGCGUUUGAAUUAUAUGACAUUAUCAUUUGAAUCGUAAGUGUAUAAAGACUUAGUAACAGAGUUCCUGUUUUGUGUUCUUUUCCAUUAUAUCCUUGCUUCUGUGUUAAAAAGUCAAUGAGAUUGUAUGGAUUUUUUUUAAUAAGCAUACAAAGUUGGUUUUACAAAAAACAAUACAUAUUGUAUC